AUGAAGACUCAGGCGCUUGUUACCUUCCUCUUCUUGCUCAUCUCAGUGAAUGAAGCCAGAGUGUUCAAGAGAUGUGAACUGGCUACGAUUCUGAGAAAUGCAGGCCUGGAUGGGUAUUAUGGCUACAGCCUGGGGAACUGGCUCUGUAUGGCUUAUUAUGAAAGCAAUUUCAACUCCAGGGCUGUGGGGCGACCCAACAGCGAUGGCAGCAGGGACUACGGGAUUUUUCAGAUCAACAGCCGUUGGUGGUGCUCCAAUGGACAGGGUAGAACGGCCAAUGCUUGUCACACCUCCUGCAGCAAUUUUGUGAAUGAUGACAUCAGUGAUGACAUUGAGUGUGCGAAGAGAGUUGUUCGUGACCCCAACCGGAUGGGUGCCUGGGUAGCUUGGAGGAAACACUGCAAGGGACGAAAUCUCUCGGGGUGGACUGCAGGCUGCUAA